AUGGCCUUGGGGCCUAGGACCCUGCCUGGCACCGUACCUACCUGCUUCACAGCCGCUUGGCUCUGGAACUUGGGCGGUGCUGCUGUCCCACCCCCAACUGCCCUGGAGCGAGUGGACCAGAGCACAUCUGUCCAGAGGACACUGGUGGGCCCAGAGGCUCCGGGACCCUCUGCAGGGGACCUCGCUGGCCUGGGCCCCAGGGAGCCACUUGCUCUCCAGGAGGCCAGCCCCCAGCUCCUAGGCACUGAGGCUGCAGAUGAAUCUGAGUCCAGGAAGGUGCCUGAGUCUCUCCCUCCUGGGAGCCAGGAUCAGGACUCGGGGGCUCCUGCGGCGGCUCAGGAACGCAUGGUGCCCAUCAGGAUGGAGAGCGCGGCCUGGCCGGGGACGGAGGCCACUGAGCUCUGGGAUGUCUGCAGCCACGUGUUCACAGAAACCAUGCACCGGACAUACGUGUACAAGGCCAGCGACCUGGGUGCCGCAGCAAGACCCCCGUCCAUGCAGGUCACCAUCGAGGAUGUGCAGGCACAGGGAGGCAGCACAGCGGAAUUCCAGGCCGUCAUCGAGGGCAACCCGCAGCCCACAGUGACCUGGUAUAAGGACAGCGUCCAGCUGGUGGACAGUGCACGGCUCAGCCAGCAGCAGGAAGGGACAACCUACUCCCUGGUGCUGAGGGAUGUGGCCCAGCACGAUGCCGGUGUCUACACCUGCCUGGCCCAAAACGCUGGCGGCCAGGUGCUGUGCAAGGCGGAGCUGCUGGUGCACGGAGGUGAAUCAGGGAACCCUUCCCAGAAUCCUCCCCUCUCAGGAAUCUGCCCGCCUAUCAACUGCAACCCGCCCUUUGGGAGCUCCCAUCUCCUGGAAGACCCCCCCCAUCCCAUCCUCACCUCCCCCCUCCAGUACCCUCCCAUCCUCAGGAGCCCGUACCCUGGGACCCCUACCUCUAGGAUGCCCUUGCCUCCCCAGUACCCGCUCCCCCAGCCCCUGCCCUCCAGGAACCCCACCUCCCUCCUUGGAGCCGUCUUGGGAGUCAGCGUGGGCUCCCCUCUUCCUAGAGGUGUGUUCGGCUUUGUGAAGAGGGUGCAGCACAAGGGCAACCAGAUGUCCUGUGCUGCCAAGUUCAUCCCCCUGCGGAGCAGGACGCGCACCCAGGCUUACCAGGAGCGAGAUGUGCUGGCAGAGCUGAGCCACCCGCUGGUGACCAGGCUGCUGGACCAGUUUGAGACGCGCAAAACGCUCAUCCUUGUCCUGGAGCUGUGCUCAUCAGAGGAACUACUGGACCGCCUGUUCAAGAAGAGUGUGGUGACAGAAGCUGAGGUCAAGGUCUACAUCCAGCAGCUGGCGGAGGGGUUGCAUUACCUGCACAGCCACAGCAUCCUCCACCUGGACAUAAAGCCCCCCAACAUCCUGAUGGUGCAUCCUGCUCGGGAAGACAUUAAAAUCUGCGACUUUGGCUUUGCCCAAAGAAUCACCUUGGCAGAGCCAAAGUAUAGCAAGUACGGGUGCCCUGAGUUUGUGUCCCCCGAGAUCAUCGAGCAGACCCCUGUGAGCGAGGCCUCUGACAUCUGGGCUAUGGGGGUCAUCUCCUACCUCAGCUUGACCUGCGUGUCCCCAUUUGCGGGCGAGAGUGACCGGGCCACCCUCUUGAACGUGCUGGAGGGGCGGGUGUCCUGGAGCAGCCCGGUGGCUGCACACCUCAGCCCGGAUGCUCAGGACUUUAUCAAGGCUGCCCUGCGGAGGGUCCCGGAAAGCCGGCCCAGUGCAGCCCAGUGCCUUGCCCACCCCUGGUUCCAGAAGUCCCUGCCCGCGGAGGAGGCCCACUUCAUCAACACCAAGCAACUCAAGUUCCUCUUGGCGCGCAGCCGCUGGCAGCGCUCCCUGAUGAGCUACAAGUCCAUCCUGGUGAUGCGCUCCAUCCCCGAGCUGCUCCAGGGCCCGCCGGACAGCCCGUCGCUCGGCGUGGCCCGGCACCUGCGCGGCGACGCCAGCGCCUCUUCCAGCAGCUCCUCGUCCUCCGACAACGAGCUGGCACCCUUUGCCCGGGCCAAGUCUCUGCCACCCUCCCCGGUGACGCACUCCCCGCUGGUGCACCCGCGAGGGUUCCUGCGGCCGUCGGCCAGCCUGCCGGAGGAGGCCGAGGCCUGUCCUCCCCAGGAGGCCGCGCCUCGGCCCGCAUCGCCCGGGGGCGCCGAGCCCGCAGCUGCCCCGGGCUGCGUGCCCCGGCAGAGCGUCAUCCGCAGCCUGUUCUACCAGCAGGCCGGCCAGAGCGGGUGCCUGCGCGGCGGAGGCACCUGCUCAAGGGCGGCUACUUCGCGAGCACGGUGCCCGGCCUGCGCGAGCCGCUGCUGGAGCACCGCGCGCUGGAGGAGGCGGCCGCCCGAGAGGAGCCGCCCUCCUUCGACACUUCCCCGCGGCCGCCCAGCGCCAGCACCGGCGCCCCCGGAGGCCCCUGCCGCAGCCAUUCCCUGGGCUCCGACUGUCCCCGUGGGGCCGGCCCCUCCGGAGAGGGGCUGCCAUGAGGGGCAGGGUCCCUCCCCCACCCUCUGGGGCCUCCAGGCUGAAACAGGAGGGGAGAGCGUGCCCAGAGAGGUGGCAGGUGCCCCGGAAAUGGAGUCUCGGGAAGGGCAGAGACCAUUUUCAUCUUCUGGUGGAGAUCCUUGCCUUGCUGAGCAAGAGGGGUCCUCCCAGGACAGCUGUGGGGGGCAGCCGGCUCCUUUUUAUCACCCCCAGAGGGGCCCUGUCACCCGGAAGGGCUCUGAUCCCCCUGAGGCUGUUGCACCCCAAGCUCCUGGCUCCUUCCUCUCCCGGGGACUGCAGGCUCCCUCCUCCCCAGCUCAAGCAAGCCUCCAGCCAGGCCCUAAGAUGGGGCUGGAGGCCACCCUGUUCCCUGGGAGGCCCCGUCCCCCCAGCUCUCCAGGGCCAGCCUCCCCAUCUGGCAUGGCGCCCGGCUCCUCCCUGGACACCAAGGAUCUAGCCCAGGAGACAGAGGGCCUAUGGGAGUCUGAGCCCAGCCCACCUCAGCCUCGGGAGCAGGCGACCUCACGGAAGUUCUCCCUUGGGCACCAUGGUGGUUAUGCAGGGGUGGCCGGCUAUGGCGCCUUUGCCUUUGGCGGGGAUGCGGGAGGCAUACUGGGACAGGGACCCCUGUGGGCCCGGAUGACCUGGGCCACCUCUCAGUCCUCGGAGGAACAGGACGAAACGGGGGCCGACAGCCCACUCCCCCAGGCCAGCGUGGUGCCCUUGCCAGAGGGCAGCGGGGGCAGGGGGUCCCAGGUGUCGCUGGUGCAGAUCCAGGACCUGUCAGGGGACAUGGAGGCAGCAGACACCAUGUCUCUGGAUAUAUCGGAGGUGGAGCCUGCCUACCUCAACCUGUCGGACCUGUACGACAUCAAGUACCUUCCCUUUGAGUUCAUGCUCUUCAGGAAGAUCCCCAAGCCAGAGCUGCCACCAUCCCCAGCGUCGGAGGCCAGGGAGGAGCUGGCUGAGCUCCCAGAGGCCACGUGGUCCUGGCAGGGCGGGCUGGGCCUGCCUGCCAGCCUGGAGAUCAGGGAAGAGCUGGAGGACAGCGAGGCCCUGUUCAGGGAGGCAGGUGGCAGCAGGAAGCGCAAGUGGUCACCCCCCUCCAGUGGCCGGCGCUUCCCCGGGCGGCAUGCCCUGCUGGACGAGCCUGUGGAGCUGGGGCUGCGCCAGAAGGUGAGGGCCUCAGUGGCCCACAUCUCCAGCCUCCUAAGAGGCAGGCCUCAAGGUCCAGAGAAGGAGGGUCCCCCUAGGAAAAAGGCAGGCCUAGUUUCCUUCCGGCUGUCGGGUCUGAAGAGCAGAGACCAAGCGCCAUCCUUCCUAAGGGAGCUUGCAGAUGAGACCGUGGUCCUGGGCCAGUCUGUGACUCUUGCCUGCCAAGUGUCGGCCCAGCCAGCUGCCCAGGCCACCUGGGAGAAAGAUGGGGUCAUCCUGGAGAGCAGCAGCCGCCUCCUCAUCUCCUCCACACUAAAAAAUUUCCACCUUCUGACCAUCCUGGUGGUGACCACUGAGGACCUAGGCGUGUACACAUGCAGCGUGCACAAUGCCCUGGGCACGGCAGCCACCACAGCUGUCCUCCGGAAGGCAGAGCGCCCCUCGUCCUCCCCGCGCCCAGACAUUGGGGAGGUGUAUACUGAUGGGGUCUUGCUGGUCUGGAAGCCCAUGGAGUCCUAUGGCCCUGUGACCUACAUUGUGCAGUGCAGCCUAGAAGGUGGCAGCUGGAGCACGCUGGCCUCAGACAUCUUUGAUUGCUGCUACCUGGCCAGCAAGCUUUCCAGAGGCGGUGUGUAUGCCUUUCGGACUGCGUGCGUCAGCAAGGCCGGCAUGGGUCCCUACAGCAGCCCCUCGGAGCAGGUCCACCUGGGAGGGCCCAGGCACCUGGCCUCCGAGGAGAGCUGCCCUGCACCGCCAGCCCAGCCGCUCCCCAGCACGCAGACCUUCGCCUUCCAAACACAGAUCCGAAGGGGCCGCUUCAGCGUGGUGCGCCAGUGCCGGGAGAAGGCCAGUGGACGGGAGCUGGCCGCCAAGAUCAUCCCCUACCGCCCGGAGGACAGGACAGCCGUGCUUAGCGAGUACGAGGCCCUCAAGGGCCUGCGCAACCCGCACUUGGCCCAGCUGCAGGCCGCCUACCUCAGCCCCCGGCACCUGGUCCUCAUCUUGGAGCUGUGCUCAGGGCCGGAGCUGCUCCCCUGCCUGGCCGAGCGGGCCUCCUAUUCAGAAUCUGAGGUGAAGGACUACCUGUGGCAGAUGCUGAGCGCCACCCAGUACCUGCACGCACAGCGCAUCCUGCAUCUGGACCUCAGGUCCGAGAACAUGAUCGUCACAGAGUACAACCUGCUCAAGGUGGUCGACUUGGGCAACGCCCAGAGCCUCGCCCAGGAAAGGGUCCUGCCCUCAGAGAGGUUCAAAGACUAUGUGGAGACCAUGGCCCCGGAGCUCCUGGAGGGCCAGGGUGCCGUUCCACAGACUGACAUCUGGGCCAUCGGUGUGACGGCGUUCAUAAUGUUGAGCGCUGAGUACCCAGUGAGCAGCGAGGGCACGCGAGACAUGCAGAAAGGCCUGCGCAAAGGGCUCAUCUUGCUGAGUCGCUGCUACGCGGGGCUGUCCGGGGGAGCCGUGGCCUUCCUGCAGAGCACGCUGUGCGCGCACCCCUGGGGCCGGCCGUGUGCAUCCAGCUGCCUGCAGUGCCCAUGGCUGACAGAGGAGGGCCCAGCCUGCUCCCAGCCCUCCGCGGUGACCUUCCCCACAGCACGUCUGCGUGCCUUUGUGCGAGAGCGUGAGAAGAGGCGGGGCUGCUGUACAAGAAGCACAACCUGGCCCAAGUGUGCUGAGCGCUCGGUCCUGCAGUGUAUAGGUGGGGGGGUCACACUGCUAGGCUGCACACCUGGCCUGGCCUCCACACGCAGUAUAUGCACAGACACUAAUAAAAACCAGAACCACAGGAGACGCAUAGUGAGCACACCUCCAGUCUCGGCCCUCACGGUGCCCUGUGGCACCUGCGUGUGA